AUGUAUGUACUUAUGGCGAUCAGCUUGGCGAGAGAGAGAUUCGCAUCACCAACCCAUCGUCGUGCGGCUCGCCAGGUUAUCGUCAUCGUCGGAAGUACUUACGCACAGACAGUGUACGGCGAGCCAACGAGAGUUGCUAAGGAAUUUCGUGCCGACGGAGGAACAAUUAUAACGAUCGAGUAUCCACAAGGGACCGUAAAAAGAAUCCCGAUAUUCAAAAAGCUAGCGUCGCCAAAUUAUAGACUGGUUAACUACAGAGACGGUAAACAACUGCGCGCUCAAGAGUUACGUCAACUUCUUUGCAAAGCGAAUUGCUUCUGUAAAAGAAAAUGGGUACCGUACAACAAAGACAAGUGGAACGCACCUCGAGGAGAAUGCUACCUUCCCGUAAAGAUUUCUUCAACUCAGAGGUUAGCCAGUCAGACUUGUCAACGAAAAAAUGACGGUAUACUCGCUGUCGAUGAGGACAUCAAGAAAGACGCGUUUCUGACGAAGUGAAAGUCGUGAAAUUGCUUAACACGGCAGAAAUGAUGUUACGGCUCGUCCUAUUCGCGCUCUACUUGACUGCUCCCAUCACAGCCCGUGCUCCUUCUUCCCUGACAUAUAUAAAUACUACCUGCGAAUGCAAUGUGUCGUCUAUAUGGCUUGAUGUUUUCCUUCUCAUGGAUAAAAGUGUUAUGAUAGGUGGCAAUGGAAUAUCUUCGGCAACGGACUACAUAG